UCGUGAAAAACGGCAUUUUCUCGAAAAAUUUAUACGAAAAACGCUUUUUGUUAUGAGAUUUUCUAUCAGGUGAGCCUGGUUGUAAUCGGCAAAGCGCCAGUCCUGGUAUCAGACCGCGGUGUACAUAAUUACUAGAAAGUCCGGCAACGCUGCUGGAAGCAAUCAAAAUAACCACAAAAAUCUGACAAAAAUAACUUUUCACCUGUGAAUGUGAGGUUUUGUUUGAAAUAUUUGGCUACUGAAAAAACUAUGAGUUUAAAGGAGUUGCUAAGGCGAAAAAUUCAAAAACUAGACGAUGAAAACCAACCUGUUCCCCUCGAGCUGGUUCAGAAGCAGGAAGAUGAAGAGUUCCGGCGACUGCUGAACGAAUGGGGCAAAGGCCGGACGCAAUCCAGUGCGAUUCCGCCCUUCUACAACCGAAUCCCCGGUGAAAAUGAACCUUUGCGCCAGAAACUACGCGAAGAAAGUCGCGCUAACUUGCUGAAACAGAAAAGCCUACAGCUGCUCGAUAGAACUGAGAUGAACAACCUGUGGGUAUUGCUGGAUUGUCAUCACGUAACGGACGAGCAGCUCAUUUCCUAUGAGGACUUCCAGAAAGUGGCUCAGAAAUCAGGCCCCAAAACCAGGGAGUACCUCAAACCCAGCGUUUUUGCAAAACUGCAACAGGGCGAUCAUCAGGGCCGAAUCUCAACAGUCUCCCUGUUCAACUACGUGAUGAGGAAAGUGUGGCUGGAUCAAACCAGAGUGGGGCUUUCAGUGUAUGACAGCACUGGCCAAGGCUACUUGACUGAAACUGAGCUAGAACACUACAUAACUGAGCUGUUGCCCACUUUGUGCCAGCUCGAUGGACUGGAGAAGUCAUUUCACAGCUUCUAUGUUUGCACGGCUGUUCGCAAGUUUAUGUUCUUCCUGGAUGGAGUGCGAGCGAAUAGAGUACGUAUCAUUGACAUCCUGGCGUGUUCCUUUCUGGACGAUUUGUUGGAGCUGCGCGACGAAGAUGUGAGCAAAGAUGUCCAGGAGCAGAACUGGUUCAGCGCCCCUUCAGCGCUGCGAAUUUACGGUCACUACUUGAACCUGGAUCGCGACCACAACGGCAUGCUGAACAAGUCGGAACUGGCCAGCUACGGCUCGGGCACCUUUACAAAACCGUUCCUAGAUCGGGUGUUCCAAACGUGUCUCACCUACGGCGGCGAAAUGGACUACAAGACUUAUCUGGAUCUGGUGCUGGCGCUGGAGAACCGCUCGGAACCGCAGGCGUUGGCCUACCUGUUUCGCAUUCUCGACAUCAAAGGCUGCGGCUACCUGGACGCGUUCACUUUGAACUACUUUUUCAGAGACAUUCAGGAUCAGAUGACGGCGCACGGCACUGAGCAGCCAGUGUCGUUCAGCGAUGUAAAGGAUGAGCUGUUCGAUAUGGUGCGCCCCAAAGAUCCGGAACGCGUCACUUUGAACGAUCUGGUUGCGUGCGGACAAGGAGAAACUUUUGUCAGCAUUCUGAUUGAGUUCCGUGGAUUCUGGGCCUAUGAGCAUCGCGAGGCGAUCUCUUCUGAGCCCUCAGACGGGCUGUAAUUUAUCUGAUUUCUAUGUUUAAAUAAUGCAUAAUUGUAAUAUUAUUAUUUUUGAAUGGAA